GUGUGUGUGUGUGUGUGUGUGUGUGUGUGUGUGUGUGUGUGUGUGUGUGUGCACUCACCCGCGUAACUUAGUAAUUUACAAGUAUUCACAUGAUUGUAUUAGUGUAAAUUAUUAGUUCAGCAGCUCAACAAACAAUUAAUAAGGAAAAUGAUAGAGUUAUUCGCUUGAUUAUCAACACAAUGAAGAGCGCGGUGAUAAGCAGGCAAUGAUGCGCCACUGGCGGCGAUAAUCAAAAUCUUGAAAGUGAUAUACAGGGUCGUAUCGCAGUACAGUAUAUGUAGUGCGUCGUGACUUGCCGUGUCUCGACGAUCUUUCACUAUGACUUACGGCAGUAUCCUCAGAGUAUGGCUAUUUUCCAUUGCGUGUACGAGUCACGUGUUUGCCGCCAUCCACACCAGAUACAGUCAAGUUACGACACCUGCUGCCACAGAACCAGUCUCCUUUGCGUCACCUUCCUCUGAUGGGGACCUGGUUGUUGCGAUCGACACUAAUCAAGCAGCCACCACUCAGCCGGCAGGUGAUAAGGAGACACUGAGUGGUUUCGAAAGGUACCUGGCUGGUUUAAGACGUCUCUCUGAAACUGUUCAAGGCAUGCAGCAUGACUGGGAAACUCUAGAAAAAGUCUUAUCCUCCUCACCUGGACAGCAUGGACAUGAAACCAAUUUCCUUGACCAAGUACAAAAAUUGUUUGCCUUCGCUGGAACAACAGAACGACUCUUUCGUGAAGUUAUGCAGAAAUACUCUAACGACAGUGAAGUGGAAAUGCGGAGCGGUGGAGAAGCACAGGAUCCUAGUAUGGAUUCCAGUGGUAUAGAAACAACGUCUUCCAGGAGUGUCCGCGCUGCUCUCACAGCAACUGUCACUGACCUGUUGAGUCUCUUUGAACAAUACUUUGGUCGCCAGACCGUCAAUGACGCGAACGUUAACGGAGAGGAGGGCAGGGAAGAAGAGGUGGACAGCUUGCAGAUUCUAGUGGACGCACUCGAGGCCGUGGCUCAUGCCCACACUAACUACACUGCCUCCAUCCAUGCAGUGAAAUCAUCCGCCAUGGCAAACUCAUCCACUGGUCAUGGAGACAGCAUAUCUUCAUUACCACAUCACUCCUCAAGCUCUGCCAGCCCUGAGGGAGACUCUACUGAUGCUGCAAACACGACCAUCCUUUCUGCCGCAGCGUGGCGCCCGCUGGGCUGGCACGAGAAUCAGAGAGGGCUCCUGCAGUUGGCGGCGCAGCUGAAGGCACUUUUGAUUGACAAUGGAGGGGAUACUGUGCCGCUCCCGACGGCCAACGCUGAGGCUCUUUCCACCACCUCCUCCACCACCACUACCACCACUACCGAAAAAGAGCGUGAGAGGCCGUGUCUGCCACCCUUCGAGCAGAUCGCUUACCGUAUGUGUAUCCUUCAGGAGAUGCAACUCAAACUUUCAUGGAGUGACGCUCAAGAAUUCUGCAGGGAACGUGGAGCAGAACUUGCACAAGACAUGACGGUCAUCAAGACACGCAGGUUCCUGAAUGACUUGUACGGGGAGGACGGCACACGUAGGUUAUCUUCUUUUGCACAAGUGUAUGAAAAGGCAGCAGAUGGCCAGUGUGGGUUGGAGGGCGAAGAGCAGAACAGCAGACGUGGAGAUGGUCAGGGUUUGCAGAUUUGGAAGUGCCCUCGUUCCUGUGGGCACCUGAUGAACCUCGCACCUACAGCCGCGAUUUGAUGCCGGAGGGCGUGUGCAUGAUUCUCGACGGCUACAGACGCUUUCAUGGAGCCAGUCUGCCUUGCCAUCUGCGGCGAAGGUUUCUCUGUGAGUUACGGAACUGACAACCGAGUCGUUGUGAGAUUGUGAAGGUGAUGGUGCGUUUGGAGGCAAGCCAUUUGUUGGCGUGGAUCUACACGUGAUAGUGAUUGUAGAUGUGAAGAACCAGUCAUAUUUAGCUGUAAGAAUGUCAGUCUUUCCUUGGUGUGUGUGUGCGCACAACAGCUGUUACUUAUACUGUCUAAUGUGUUCACCUGUAGAUCAAGGUCUCUCUCGAGGAAUUGUUUGGAUAAAUAGAAUGUAAUAGAUUCUUGUUUAUCAGAUUAUAAUGCUGUAGGCUGGUAAGAUUAAUGUAUUUCCUUCAUAAGGACUACACAAGUUCGCUAGUUAUAGCAGUCUCUCAAGUAACUGCCUAAAAAAAAAAAAAAAUAAAAAAAAAAGCUUGCAACUUUGCUGAACUGAGCAUCUUAUGUAGUAUGUACCACGAAACUAUGCUACUUCACAUUGAGAACCUUUGGCAUUAUAGCGGCAAUCGAUACUUUAGUUGCUUUGCUAAUCCCACAAACAGGUGUCAUUAGCAGGUGUGAAAACUACAGGCAUUUUUUUUUUUUUUUUAUCAUUCAGCCACCGAUCACCCAAUUGGUAAUAUAGCCAUCACUGUUCACCAUGCAUGCUGUGGUCACCAGUAGCAGAGCAAAUUUUCCAGUUGUUCUAUAGUUGAGUGAUUGGCUACUGCUUUGUAACUUACCAUAGCCGUUCACCGAGGUGCGGGAGGAUGGUCUUGGAGUCAGGCACCAGACAAAAAUGUUUUUUAAGACUAAAAUAAUGGCUCUAUGUUCAUUAAAGAGAUCACUUUCUCAUUUUUUUCUUACUCUUACAAUUUCUAGCACUGGAUGAUACAGGAUACUGAAACUUUGAGGCUAAUAGAUGUUUUAAUUUACACUGACUGAGUAUCUAAACCUAAUAAAUCAAUAUAAAGCUAAA